AUAUAUAUAUAUAUAUAUAUAUAUAUAUAUAUACACACACACAUACGCCACGCUAAGUGCGUCUUGCAUACCCUUUAGCACACAUACUAGGUAGAGUGAAGAGAUAAAGAAAAUGGGGGCAGGGCGUGAGGUGUCGAUAUCUCUGGACGGAGUGAGGGAUAAGAACGUGAUGCAACUCAAGAAGCUAAAUACUGCACUAUUCCCCGUUCGCUACAACGACAAAUAUUAUGCUGAUGCCCUCGCUUCCGGGGAUUUCACUAAACUUGCAUAUUACAGUGACAUCUGUGUUGGUGCAAUUGCAUGCCGGCUGGAGAAGAAGGAAGGAGGGGCUUUUCGUGUUUACAUCAUGACAUUAGGUGUUUUAGCACCAUACCGAGGCCUAGGCAUUGGUACAAGGCUGUUGAAUCAUGUUCUUGAUCUCUGCUCCAAGCAAAAUAUUUCAGAGAUUUACUUGCAUGUGCAGACAAACAAUGAGGAUGCCAUCAAGUUUUAUAAGAAAUUUGGAUUUGAAAUCACAGAUACCAUCCAGCACUAUUACACAAACAUUACACCACCUGACUGCUAUGUUCUUACCAAAUUCAUCACUUGUCAGACGAAUAAAUGAUGUUGCAAAGUUCACAGUGAAGUUGGCAAUCGUUGGUUUUUCAUGCGGUUUAUUGGGCUGAACUUGGGAUUACUUGCACGGGGGACAUCAUAAUCUGAUUGGUGAAAUGACUUCUAACAGUUCCUAUAAUGGUCUGUUAGACCAAUGACCUAUAAAUCAUUUAAUAGUUUAUAAACAUUUUGAAAGUUUGUAUUCUAUUGAUAUCGGAAGAGGGAUCUUGCUGUCUGCUAAGAUUUUGUUUGUGAAUUUUGGGCAGUUGAAAUUAUUUGCUCUUUAAUUUCUCCA